UCUUCCAUAAUCAACUCUUUCAACCUAUAUCUUCAGUCAUCAAAUAUAUCUACGUAAAUAAAUUCAAAUUAAUAUACUGCGCGAUUUAAUUUCCAAUGGCAAACAAUAAAGCUGUGAUGAUCAUUGUUGUUGUUGCUGCAAUAGUAAUGGUGGGUUUUAGCCCCCAAGGGGCGGAGGGGAUAACCUGCCAGACGGUGGUGAAAGGGUUGAUGCCGUGCACAAACUACCUCAGAAAGGGAGGUGCUAUUCCGUCGGCCUGCUGCAGAGGGGUUAGGUCUAUUAACAGCGCCGCCAAAACAACUGCUGACCGGAGAACUGCUUGUGAGUGCAUCAAGGUCGCCGCCAAAGCUUACAAAGUCAACGUUAGGAACGCCGCGGUCUUGCCUAGACAGUGCAAAGUCAACAUUGGUUACGCUAUCAGCUACUCCACUGACUGCAAGAAAGUCCGUUAAAUUGUAGACCACAUUGGGUGGGAGUCAAUGGAAUUCGGCAGCACAGCCCACCUUAAUUAAUUAAUUAAUCAGUCGUCUUAGUUCUUAAUUUUGUCGCAUUUUAAUAAAUAAAUAAAAACGCGUUGGGUGUAAUUGUUAUAAUUAUAUCUACGAUUAUUAGCAUGUCCAGUUAUAAGCCACAUUAUAUGUAAUAAUUGCCACUUGGCAUCUAUACGUUGUAAUAAUAUAUAUGAUGAAAUUACAAAAAUCUAUCUCUAAAA